AUGAACUCAUCCCCCAAACGGUCAUACCACUCGGACCACACAUCCCCAGAUAUCGGGGAGACAUCCGAGAACCGGAGAAAAGACCCCAAAGUCAGCCGGGCCUGCGAUGCAUGCAAGCUCAAGAAAAUCCGCUGCUCUGGGACUUGGCCCUGCAGCACAUGUGCUAGACGUAGACUGGCCUGCACGUUUGCGAGUCGAUACGGCCGUGGCAGGCCUCCGACUCCACCGGCCUCGAGUGUGCAGCAUAUCGCAGAUGCAGGAGCAAGCACAGCUAGUCGGUCUAUCUCUGCAUCGUGCUCUGUACCUCCCGAUGCGACGGGGGACGAGCACGAAGUGCCUGGACGGCGGGCAGCGUCUGAACUGGUCAUCGAGGGACAGUACUUCGAUCUCACAUCCGGCCUGACCUUUCUUCAUAGAGCGUGGAGCAAGCUCUCAGCCCAACGGGAGGAUUCUGUCUGCUAUGGCUCGAACGAUGCCGAACGGAAUCAGCUUCUUGCGUCUGCUGGGGAUAGACCAUUUUAUCUGGAACAGCCCAGGGCCGGGAACGAGGUAUUCCCUGAUGAAGAGACAGCGCGCCGUUUAUUUGCCUUUUACUUCGACACCUGCGUCGUGACAUACCGCAUGCUGCACCGACAGACAGCAGAAGGCUGGCUAGCCACGAUGCUCCGGAACAGCGCCCAUAACUACGCAGUAACAGCAUCAGUCGGGAACUCACGAGCGGCGAUAAUCCUCACCAUCUUCGCAAUCGCGAGUUUCCGCAAACUGAAGAUCGAAAACGGCUGCUCGAGCGAUCUCGACCCCGUAGCAUUUCGAGAAAGCGACGCCCUGUUCUGCGCUGCGAUGCACCUCACCGACUCCGAAAUGGGCUUUCCUCGCCUCGAGUCUGCCCAGGCUCGCUUGGUCCAGGUGCUGUAUCUGCUGCAGACUUCGCGCAUGAAUAAGGCGUGGUAUACCUUUGGCAAUGCGUACCAGAUUAUCUCGUCUCUGGGCCUUCACCGGAGGCAGCACCGGCAGCAGCAGCCGGGGACGUCAUUUGGAGAACGCUCCGAUUACAUUGCUCAUCAGUGUGCGAAGCGUGUGUUCUGGACGGCGUAUACGAUCGAUAAAUACCUGAGCGUGGUCUUUGGCCGGCCGCGUCUGCUGCACGAUGAUGAGAUUGACCAGGACUUCCCGGAUACCGUGAACGACGAGGAGAUGGGGACCCAUGGCCCUUCAACGUCCGAGGCAAACGAGGAGAGCCAUAUCAUCUCGUUGAUAUUCCAUGCCAAAAUCGCAAAGAUCAUCGGACGCAUAUCGCGCGAAGUAUACCGCGUCGGCGAAGGGCGAAAUGCACAGCGCGCAGCAGCAGCCGACUGUCUCGUUCGAGAACUGCAUACCUGGCACUCAGAGCUGCCUCCUCACCUUGGUACCGUGAAGCCUUCCACCCUAAUCCCCAGUUUCCGGCGCGAGGCGACAGCGCUGAGUCUUGCGUACCUGCAUGCGGUCAUUCAUGCGACACGGCCGUUCUUACUAGGCGAUGGAAACCAUUCCAAUGGAAACCAUUCCAGCGAUCAGCCCGAGGUCAAGGAUAGAGUCAAUGAAUGUCUCUCCGCUGCAAGAAAGACCCUGGAGCUUGUAACCAAUAUGGCCAACGAUGACCACCUGUUCCAUUCGUUCUGGUGGACGCAGUAUGUCCUGUUCUGUGCGUUGGCGGUUGUCUAUGUGUGGGAGAUUCAGCAGAACGCAAACAGUUCAAUUUCAACUCGGACAGCCCAGGACCAAGAAGCAAGGUCUUUAUAUGAGCUGGCUGAAAGCUGCCGAUUGCGUCUGCUGCAGGGGAAUUCGGCUGCACCGUCAAGUCACCGGUAUGGCAUCAUCCUCGAGGAACUGCACUCGGAGGCCCAGCAGCAGAGUCUAAGGAACAAUGGCACUCGUCAAUCCUCUACCAGACCGCAGAAUGACUUCCAGCCUGAUGAGAAUGGCCUUUACUCUGAGCAAAUGGCCAUUCCGGCUGCAGACUUCGCCCUCCAGACAGGGCCUAGUAUGUUGGAUGGCUGGCAAACGACAGACUGGCUGGAUCUGGACUCGUCGGCGUUUUAUCCGAUGAUUGAUGCAUUUCAUGUUCCUUAA